UUUGAGUGGGUGUACCAGAGAGCGAGAGACUGAGAGAGAAAAAGAGAGAGAGAGAGAGAGAGAGAGAGGAAGGAGAAGGAGCAAAGGAGGGAGUAAGACAUUGACGGAGAGGGAGGCGAGAGACUAAGAGCGAGAGAGCAAUGGAAAGAGAGAGAGAACGAGAGAGAGGGAGAAUGAGGGAGCUCCAGGCACUCUGACUGGACUCCGGCUCCAGCUCUGCUUCUGCAGUCUUUCCAGCUUCCUCGGAGGAAUACGGUCCAGCUUUCCGCUUCCGCAGCCUCUCCAUCCUUUCAAUACCUGAAUGCGGGAAUAACCGCACCAGGAGAAACGGAGGGGAGAAGAAGAGCAACAGAGCCAGGGAAUAACUUGGCGCUCAAUUCCACUGCUGGGACAUCUGGAUGCGCACCUUUUUUUGCCUGGAGGGAAAAAGAGAACAAGCGGAAGAGAGAGAAGAGAGUGGGAGAGAGGGAGAGGAAGAGAAGAAAGAUAGGGAACAGGCAAGAGCAAAGAGAGGAAAGGAAGGAAGGAAGGAAGGAAGGUCAAGACAGACAGUAGAAAUAAAAAGACAAACGAAACAGAAACAGGGAAGGGAAGUCCAGAAAGUAAGAAAGGACAAAAAGAGGUGUUCAGAAAAAAAGGAGCAGAGUAAAGAGACAGGUAAAAGAAAGACAGCAAAGAAAAGAAUAGAAAGAGCACAGGGAAAAGAAGCUAGUCCACAUGACGCUCAAGACGUUGCUGAUCCUCUAGACUAGAAAGCUGAAUUUGGCUGCUGCACUCUGCAACGAGUUUCUUGGCUUGGAUGCUUCCCAUCAUUUCUGAAUUAUUGUACUAGCUUAUCUGUCCAUCUGUCCAUCUGUCUGUCCAUCCGUCCAUCCAUCUGAUCUGUCCAGCUGUCCGUUCAUGCUGUCUGUCUCUCAGCUUCAGUCGUUAUGAGAAGAAGACCUUGGCAAAGCCGCUGGUGUCAGUACAUGCAUAAUAGUUUCUUCAAAGCCGAAGCAGCGGCAUAGAAUUUGUGACAGUAUAUGUACAUGAGUGCAUGGGCUCUUUCCGUUUGUGCACCUGCCCGUCUCCACACUUUCCCAUCUGCACACCUGUCUGCCCACCUGUCUCCCCAUCCGCAUGGCAAGGCUCCUUUCAGAAAGCAGUCAAAGUGCCAACUGACGAGAUUAACGACUGUUGGACUGUUUAAGCUGCUGUCGGAUUGAAGCUUUAGGACCACUUAAUCCCAUUGGAGGAGCAUGUAGGCAUUAGAUAGCGAGGGAGUAGAAAGCGAUUGUGAAUAAUGGAUUGGAGCUUGCUUGGAUUUUGAAAUUUGAGAGGGGUGAUAGGACUUCACAUGGAUUUGCUGAGGAUUCUGCUGGUGCUGAAGAAUGUGAUGUGACUCUGGAGUGAACUUACCUUGAAUUCUGACCUUUUCGGCUUAUUGGAAGCUCUUGGAAUCAUAUCGAAUAAAACAAACUUGUACCUUUUUACAGGAUAGCUGGGACAUUUUACGUCUUGAGGUGUGAAUCUGAGACUGUAAGCUUGGGUGGUAGGGGCAUCUAUGCAGUACAGAAACUAAAAACAUUUGUAAUUGGAACAACUGAGGAAAAAACAACUAAUUCAUCACGUCGAUUAAAGUAUGGAUUUUAGACUGAUGCUCUAGAGUUGGUGCAAAAUCUCUGCAAGUGUUUUAAAAGAAUGUGAACUUUUCAUUACUAAAUAAGACACUCUCUCAUUCUCAACUGACUACACACCAAACUACAGAGUCUUUUCUCUCUGAUUUUCUUCUGCAUCAGCUUCUUUUCUCUUAAAUUGGUGCUAAAACUUUGCCGAAGUGGGGAUCAUUUGGCCCCUGGGGGCCCCGGUGCCCGCACCGGCCCCCAACCCCAAGAUGCGCCGCUCGAGUACGGACGAGACUCCGUACCGGCGCAGUCCAUCUCUAGACAGCAAGCCGGGCUCGCCCCCGCUGCGCUACAGCGGCGAGUACGAGUACCGUAGCGCGCCCUUCGGGUUCGGCUUCCGCACGGCGCCGGGCUCGCAGACGGCCAAAGCGGGAUAUGCCACAGCGCAGGGCAGGAAGUACGUGGUGUUUUACCUGGACCUCUCCUUCAUCUUUCUCCUAGAGCUGCGGCGCUGCAGGAUGGCCGAGGGCUGCAUGAGGGCCCUGCGAUACGCCAUGGUCUUCUUCAACCUGCUCUUCUGGCUGGGGGGAUGUGGGAUACUGGGAGUGGGGGUGUGGCUGUCAGUCACCCAGGGUAACUUCGCCACACUCUCGUCCUCCUUACCGUCCCUAUCCGCCGCCAAUCUCCUCAUCGCUAUGGGAACCAUCAUCAUGGUGAUCGGUUGUCUGGGCUGCGUGGGAGCGGUCAAAGAGAGUCGCCCCCUGCUGCUGAGUUUCUUUGUUCUGCUCCUCUUGAUUUUCUUUCUGGAGAUCCUGUUCAUCAUCCUCUUCUUUGCUUAUCAGGAUCAGAUUGACCAGUAUGCUCAAAAUGACCUGAAGAAAGGUCUGCAGCUCUUCGGCACAGAGGGAAACAUCGGCCUGACCAACGCCUGGAGCAUCGUGCAGACUGAUUUCCGCUGCUGUGGAGUGACUAAUCACACGGACUGGUUUGAGGUGUAUAACGCCUCUCGUGUUCCGGACUCCUGCUGUUUGGAGUACAGUGAUAACUGCGGCCUGGAGAACCCUGGAACAUGGUGGACAGCGCCGUGCUACGAGAGAGUGAAGGGUUGGCUGCAGGAGAAUCUGGUGGCUCUGUGGAUCUUCGCUCUGUGUGCAGCUCUGACGCAGAUUUUAGGGCUGGUGUUCUCCAUGACUAUGUUCUGUCAGACGGUGAAAGUGGACACGUUCUACGCCUAGAGAACGGUUCUCCUUAGAGAACCUGAAGGACAAUGAACUGAAUGAUCUUAACAUCACAGACAAUGGAACAAGGGAAAACUGGAGUGCUCCUUGUUUUCUCUCUCUCUUCCUUCUUGUUUCUGCUCAUCCUCGUCCACUUUUCCUCCUUCACCACUUCCCUCCUCUUCUUCUUCUUCUACUUCUUUUUUUUUAUAUAAUAUCUCUCACUGUGCUGGACGUUCCUCCAGACGUUCCUUCAGACGUUCCUUCAGACGGAUCUUUUCAGUGUUUUCUGAAGUAAUUGAAAGUUUGACGAGAAACUGACGAGAAAUGAAAGCUUGCAUAACACAGGAACUGAUCUUUUUAUAACUACUAGCUAGACCGGACUUUUUAUUCAUACGAAGAACAAAAAAAAGAAGAAAAAACAAUCUGUCGUGACUCUACGAUUCUACGAGACGUCCUCCUUCAGACCUGCCACUCCACUGAGCCAAUCAACGAGCCAAAAAGCUGCAGAGGAGCCCCGCCUCCUUUGUUCCAGCGACGAGACACCAGUAACCAGUUUCCUGUGGUUUUAAAUGCCUAUUAUUUUGUUUAAAACUAAGAUAUUUAUUACAGCAACCUAUAAAUAUAUAUAUAAAUAUAUAUAUAUACUAUUCUUUCAUAAUGGAUAUUACUCUUACAGCACAUAGAGCAGCAUUGUGAGGAGAGACCGCAAUCUGCUCAACACUGACCACUGCUGCCAGAAGAACAGACUUACAGCACAGAAUUUACCUUUACAUUUAUAUUUACAUUGACAUUUACAUGUUUAGCACAUGCUCAUAUUGUAGACAUUGUAAAAAGAAAACACACAACUGUGUCCUGUGUCCAACAUUUAUACCAACCUGCUCCAGCGAGAGAAAGAAGGAGAAGAAGAAGAAAAGCACAGUUAGAUAAAAGCACAACAUCCCAGACGAAAAAAAGCUGAGAACUGUUUCUAUUCUAGGCUGGAAGUGAUGGAUUGCAUGGUUUAACUGGUGAAGAGAAAGAGAGAAAUAAAGCAUGAAAUGUUGAAGUUGAAGUAAUAAAAAGUUUUUAAAGGUCAGACAAAGAGACAAAAAAAACUGGACUGAUGACAGAACUGGUAUAGAGAGAAAGAGAGAGAGAGAAAGAGAGAGAGAGAGAGAGAGAGAGAGGAAGAGAUCUCCCUUCAUCUCUGUUUUAUGCUAAUUAACUUGUGUAUAUAUCUCUGUACAUGUGCCAGACAACACACCUAAACAUAAACCAUGAAUAAAGAUUUUACAGUAA